UGUCCAGGCUGAAACGCGAAACAUUGUUUUGUAUGUCAUACAACCUCGAGCUCCAAUCAGUUUUGUCAAUCAAUUUGUGCCUAUAUAAAUCGCGUCGUGUGUACUAAAGAUGUCAUUUCUUCGGUCGCCUACGCUUGAGACGUAUACAUAUUAAUUGUGCGUGGAAAUUAAACGGUUUGACUUUGACCAGUGAAGUGUUUUUGUCAGUGUGAGAUAAUAAUUAAACGAAAAUGAAGAUAUUAAUGAGAGCGGACACACAUUACAGCAUAGCAGUUCGGAGUGAUUAUGAGGAACCAAAGUAUACAUUUUCACAGGUACUAGCAGCCAUAGCCGUGUCACUAGGAUCAAUGGUUGUUGGGUUUUCGUCAGCUUACACUUCACCAGCUCUCGUCACCAUGCAAAAUGACACAGCAUUAAACGUUUCGGAAGAAGAGGCAAGCUGGGUCGGAGGUUUGAUGCCACUAGCCGCCUUAGCGGGCGGGGUAAUCGGCGGACCCCUUGUCGACUACAUCGGCCGCCGCAAAACCAUACUCUUCACCGCCCCGCCAUUCUUCGUAGCCUGGAUCCUCAUUGCAACGGCUACAAGUGUCCAAUUAGUUCUAACAGGACGUGCCAUCUGCGGUCUAUGUGUCGGCAUCGGCUCAUUGGCGUUUCCCGUGUAUUUGGGAGAAACUAUCCAGCCCGAAGUCCGCGGCGUAUUAGGACUAUUCCCUACCGCUAUAGGAAAUAUCGGUAUACUUUUAUGCUACACUGCUGGAAAGUAUUUAAAUUGGUCGCAACUAGCAUAUUUGGGAUCAGCCCUGCCUGUCCCAUUCUUCAUUCUCAUGCUAUUGAUCCCGGAGACUCCGCGCUGGUAUGUAAAUAAUAAUCGUUUGGAAGACGCUAAAAAAGCUUUACAGUGGCUUCGAGGGAAACAUGCUGUAAUCGACAACGAAAUCCGAGACAUACAACUAACGGAAGCCGAGACGCAAGAUUCCGAGUCCACUAUUCGAGAGCUAUUCAGCAAAAAAUCCAUGAGGUCCAUUUUUAUUUCCUUAGGCUUAAUGGCGUUCCAGCAAUUGUCCGGCAUUAACGCAGUUAUAUUUUACACUGUAAAAAUAUUCAAAAUGUCCGGGAGUUCAGUCGAUGAAAAUUUGUCAACAAUUAUAGUAGGAAUUGUUAACUUUGUAUCCGUAUUUAUAGCGACUGGCUUAAUUGACCGCUGUGGGAGAAAAAUACUUUUAUAUAUAUCAUCCGUAACUAUGAUACUUACUUUGGCCAUCCUAGGCACUUUCUUUCAUGUUCGAGAUAAUAUGGGCCUGGAUGUCGCGACUUUAGGAUGGUUGCCCCUGACUUCUCUCAUGGUGUACUUGUUAGGUUUUUCAAUGGGAUUCGGUCCAAUACCUUGGCUAAUGAUGGGGGAGAUUUUGCCAGCUAAAAUUAGAGGUCCAGCUGCGUCAAUCUGUACGGCAUUUAAUUGGUUAUGUACAUUCGGUGUCACCAAAUCUUUCCAUAAUCUCAUAGAUGCCAUUGGUCCUAAUGGUGCAUUCUGGCUAUUUGGUUGUAUAUGUUUCGUGGGCUUAUUCUUUGUGGUAGUGUGUGUGCCUGAAACCAGGGGGAAGAGCCUUGAGCAGAUUGAGAAUAAGCUCACAGGUAGACCCAAGGGUAGAACACGCAGACUUAGUUCGAUAGCUAAUAUUAAACCUUUGCCAAGUGGUUGUUAGUAGUUAUAGGAGGAUGUAGUAGCUAAUGACUUAUAAAAGUAAAUAAAAUAAUAUCGAAUGACAAGAUCGGUAAUGUUAAUUAGUUUUUAAAAGAAAAAGUGAAUGAGACAUGCUACGUAUGAGACGUGCAGCAAUAACAUAUUAUUAUGAUGUGUUCUGCUUAUUUAUGCAAGAAUUUUAUUAGUAGAUGCAUAUAACUAAGAUAAAUAGGUACUAAAUUUUAUUAUUUGUAGUCACCUAAUAAAUAUAUUUUGUGCUAUAUUUACCUAGUCCUGUUUUGUUAGAAUAAUUAGCAAAUAGAAAAGUGGUGUUACCAUAGAUAUAUUUUAUAAACACACAAACAGUUUAGCAAAAACUUGCUUUACGGCGUAACAAUUUACGCGUACUUUGUUCUUCUUUAGUUCAAAUCAUAAUUUUUAAAUAUUUUUCAUGACGCGACCUAAUUGGCAUGAUGACAUUGAUGACACAUCAACAAAGAAUCAUGGAAAUAAUGGUUUCAAAGAAACAUAUACAUAUGUUAAUAUGAUACUAAAAAAAACCGGCCUAGCGCGAGUCGGACUCGCGCACUAAGGGUUCCGUACCAUUACGCAGAAAACGGCAAAAUAAAUAACAUUUGUUAAUAUUUAAGUGGGGCUUAAAUAUUUAUUUUAUUCUGUUUUUAGUAUUUGUAGUUAUAGCGACAACAGAAAUACAUCAUCUGUGAAAAUUUCAACUGUCUAGCUAUCACGGUUCAUGAGAUACAGCUUGGUGACAGACAGACAGACAGACAGCGGAGCCUUAGUAAUAGGGUCCCAUUUUUACCCUUUGGGUACGGAACCCUAAAAAUGGCCCAAUGUCAGUAUAUACAUUAGGAUUAUUAUUAUUUUCAAUAAAACAUAAGUGCAGAAUUCUCCAAUCGGCCAUUUUGACUAAAACAUCAAUCAGAAGCGAGCCAAAACGUGACGUCAUCAUUCCAUGACAUAGCAUAGACAACCUCAUUGACCGUAAUCCAUACAUCUUUACUAAAGAGUUUAAAUGUUGAAAAAAAAAUAUUUCACCAUUAAACAUGUAUUACGUACAAAAAAUAUUAUUACACAAUAUAAAGUAAAUAUUUAUAUAAAAACUGUAAAAAAAAACUGUAACCUAAGAGGUUAAGGUAAGAACUAGUAAGAAGUGUAAUUUGUAUAAACCGUUCUUUGUAAUUUUAAAUGUAUUAAUAUAUUAGUUAAUUAUUAAAACACAGUCAUUACAUUUAACCCAUUCAUAAUAAAAACAAUGUACAAUUUAAACUUAUGCUAAAAAACAAAACCUAAACCUAAACCUUAAAUAUAAAAGACUUUCCCCAAAUCACCCCCUUCCGGCAUGGUCGCAACGCAAGGACGCUAGCGGCGUUACCCCUCUGCACCGCCAGACUUAACCUCUGGGCAAAGAAAGCGCCCGCCCUAUGAUCGCCUGACACGCCUAUCAACCGGACCGACACUUCCUUUACAAAAUUCUUGGUGUCGGUCGACCACGGACCCAAUGUCUCCAUUGCAAGCGCCGCAAAUUCAUACUCAUUCGACAAGAACGCGUAUUUGCGGCGCUUGAGAGUUUGGGCCUGGUCCGCGGCAGUCCCAGGCUUCCGAGCCGACCCUUCCACGUGGGACGGAGCCAGCGUGUCCACACAGGUGGCGUCCCACGUCAAAGGGCGACCCAGGCUCCAGGCUCCAGGGCACGAGCGUGCAGCCAUCCGUAACUGUAAUAGUUUUCAUAUAUUAAAGAAAAAGUGACGAAGCCCUCCAGUGGUGAAGGCCGGAUUCGAACCGGCGUCUUUAGCUAUCGCGGCUAACGCCAUGAACCCCUAGGUCACCUCGCCACGGCGGUACCAGUCCCAAUUUUUCGACUAUAUGCCAUCUUUGUAAGACUAGGCGUUUUUAUCAAAAUAUUGAUUAAAAAAAUAAUUUGAUUUGUUCCUAAACUUGUUCAAAUAUUUAUUUGUUAUUAUAUAAAUAAAAUGCUAAAUAAUACGAUAUUUCACCAUAAAGUGAACCGACAAUAUUAAAAGGGAUUUCAAAAUUUGUUAUCAUGCCAAUUUUAUUGUCAUGAGAAAAAAUUUCUUUGCCUUGAAAAAAAUCCUCGAUCGCCCGCGUUAACAGACACUGUAACAGUCAUGCUGCUGUAGUCAUCAUCCGGAUGUCAUCUUCGGGCUGCUAAGAUGUUCCUCUGUUUCGAUAUCAGAACUUACUUCAACUUAAGGCCUUCUUGCGAAUUUCCUAUUUUAGUCAUUGUUUCUUGAUAUCGAGUGCAAACAGAAAGUUUUCUCUUGUCCGAAGAAGUUAUUACACGUACAUAUAUUGUGCCCUGCUGUUCAAUACUGAGUAGUGUAAACUUUAGUAUAUUUGUAGAGAUUGAUUGAGCCUCUCAUCUCAAUGUAUGAUUGAUAACAAUUAGUGGUCUCAAAUUCUGAGUGAUAUGUGAUUGUUUGCGAAUGUCAUGUUCAUAUUAUUAUGUAAUAAUGAUUAGUAUCAUUUGAAAUGCGAUUAAAUUAUAAAGUCACUUUUUAUAGUUGGUCAAACCAAAUUGUCAGUAAAUAAGAACAAAAAAACUAUACUCAUCCUUUUCUUUUGGGUGCUAGUACUAGUGUAAGUCAAAGAUAGUAUGAUUCUCUCUGCCUAUGUUUGAAAUGAGACAGUCCUUUGACAAACUAUAGUAUUUGAAUUAAGUUGCUGUAAGUCGUCGCCGUCAUUCGGCCAGUGUUACCGGUAAGCUUAAUACAGUCAUUUGUUUUACAAGGGUGCAAAGUUUUUGUUUAACUGCUUGUGCUUAUAUUGAUAAUCAAUAUCAAUAUAAGCACCCGAGCAAGCGAAAGAUUACAAAAUUAAACCUCGAGCGCAGCUAGUAGUUCGAAAAAUGGAAUCAUGAGGGUUUCAAGGCACGAGGGUUAAACAAAUUUUGCCAUUUUUAACCACACCAACGCGAGGAAAAUGCUAACUGAAAAUCAUCAAACAAAAUCAAAUUCUAAUGAACGUUAUUUAAUAUUUAUCAGUCAAACUCAUCAUUUAAAAGUCAAUUCUACCAGCCAACGUAAUAAGGCAAUAACUCAAAAAUUAUAUCAAAUUAUUAUGCUACUCUUGUGGAUAAAAUGAAACUUUCUCGUUAGUUUUUGAACAAUCAAGAUAGCCUUUACGAGCUGGUGUGGUAAAAAAAUAUUUAGCUGUUUGCAGUAGUAAUCUGAAUGAAUAAUGUCAUCAUCAACAUCAUUAUCAUAAUAUUUCUAAUCAUGUGUAUAAGAAUUAAACUGUUAUAAGUUAAAAGUGAUGAUAGAUCUGGUAAGAUCGGAUAUUUUGUUAAACAUGAAUUAAAACCCAUUCUUUAAAUA